CCCAUGUUUACCCCCAAAAAACACCCUCGAGAAAACACAUUUCUAGAUCGACAUCAAUGGCUGCCUUGAAAAUUGAGUUUUUGGUUAUGCUGUCUCUGUUUCUUUCUUUGUUUCUCUCUCCCAUCUCUGUUGUUCAUUUCUAGAGAGAGAGAGAGAAAGAGCUUUCUUUCCCAUUUCCAUCAAUCCCCAUAUCAUGUGACCAUUUUUUAAUCUCUCUUCUUCAACAAAAGAAGAGAAAAAAAAGGAACCCCGAAACCCAAAACACCCUCUUCAUCAUUUCCCAUAAUCCAAUGCUCCCCCUCCACUUCGUUCAUCAUUUUUAGAUAGACAAUUUGUGAAAGAAAAUGAAUUUUUUUAUGGAAAUCUGUCUCUUUCUCUAUCUACAGUGAUUUGAACUUGAAAGCUCCCAUCUUUUCAUGUCUAUCGACACUGAUAGUUGAUACAUCACUUGGCUUGUUCAUGUCGUCUUUUGACUCCCCAUUUCUCCUCUCUCUGCCUUCUAUUUCAUGUCAAGCACUGUGUUGAAGUAAAAAUACCCAAAUAGCUUUACUUCUGAAAGAGAGGAAAUUAGAGAGAGAACCCAAAUGAGGUCUUCUGUGGGAGGAGGAGGAGGAGAAACUUCUAAGAAGAAGGCAAUGUGGCUGUAUCCUAAGGUCAUGGGCUUUAUCCCUUCUGAACGAUGGGGGCAUUCUGCUUGUUAUUACCAAGGAAAUGUCUAUGUUUUUGGGGGAUGCUGUGGGGGGUUGCAUUUCAGUGAUGUUCUUGUACUUAAUCUUGAUACCAUGCUCUGGACCAACAUGGUAACGACGGGACACAGUCCGGGACCGAGAGACAGCCACGGCGCUGUAAUUGUUGGAAGCCAAAUGAUAGUUUUUGGUGGUACAAAUGGCUCUAAGAAGGUAAAUGAUCUUCACAUUUUGGACCUUGGAACCAAGGAAUGGACACAACCUGAAUGUAAAGGGAAUCCACCAGCACCACGAGAAAGUCACACGGCUACACUCAUUGGAAAUGACAAACUGGUUAUUUUCGGGGGAAGUGGAGAGGGUGAAUCAAAUUACUUGAAUGAUCUGCACAUUUUGAACCUCAAGACUAUGGUGUGGAUGAAUACAGAGGUGAGGGGUGAUGUUCCAAUUCCUAGGGAUAGUCAUUCUGCUACAGCAGUUGGUCACAAGCUUUUAGUUUAUGGCGGGGACUGUGGAGAUCGAUAUCAAGGGGGCGUCGAUAUGCUCGACAUGCGCUCGCUGACUUGGUCUAGAUUGUGUGUUCAAGGAUCUUCACCCGGUGUUCGGGCAGGUCAUGCUGCGGUUAAUAUUGCAACGAAGGUAUACAUCCUAGGUGGGGUUGGAGAUAGACAAUACUACAAUGAUGCAUGGGUGCUUGAUUUAUGUACGUGCUCGUGGACUCAGCUCGAAACGUGCGGUCAACAACCUCAAGGAAGAUUUUCUCACACAGCUGUGGUUGCAGACUCAGACAUCGUCAUAUAUGGAGGGUGUGGGGAGGAUGAACGACCUCUCAAUGAUCUGUUGGUCUUGCAACUUGGAGCAGCGCAUCCAAAUGGUCGGUACAAUGUUUCGAUGUGCAAAAUUUUUGGAAACCACUGGAAUAAUCAGAGUAAGAAUUCUUUCAGAGAAGAUCAGAGCGGCAUGAAAACGAAGCUUAUGGGGAACAACAUAGAUCUGAUUAGAAAGGGAGAUCAUGAACCGAAAUCGGAGACAAAACACGCUGCUCAUUUCAUGUCAGAGACGUUGCAUCCAAAACGGAGGAGAACCAUGAAUCCGAAAGUGUGGGAGGUUGAAUCUGAGCAAGAGGAGCAUUCUUUGUCGCUGUCCCAGCAUUCAUCUCCAUCGCAAUCCGAUCAAGAACAGACCCCAGCUCGAAAAGUCUCUGAUUCAGUAACAAGCUCCCAAGGAGGAUUACGCCUUCUUAAGCGUGUGAAUCAUAGCUCAACUAGUGAUCCGUACCGCAUUUCUAGGACUCAAUCCGAGUUCCAAAAUGUUGUCCAAAGCACUCCACAGCAAGAGCUUCCAUAUUUCGGACACCAGAAUCAACUAAAGACUGAACAGCUGCAGCUUCUCCACGUUGUUCGCCCGGUGGGACAGAAGUCCUUGGAGACUGGUCUCAUUCAAAACCCGAUUGGAUCGGAGGUGCGUGGAAGAGUUGACGGGGCGUUCGACUCUGGCUUCCUGAUGACUGCUACUGUCAAUGGGAAAGUAUAUAGAGGUGUCCUGUUCGCACCCGGACCUGGGGUCUUCUCAAGAGCAGCCAGCAUUGUAACAGAAAGUCCACCUCUUCCUGUAAACACAGUCCUGAACUCGAAUCACAUAGAACCGUCGAAGAACUCGCAGCAACGACCGAUGGUUUUGAUGUCCGAGUCAGCUCAGAGCUUGAGGCAAGCUCAACCAGGUCCACCUCCAGUUCCAAUCAUAAAACCAAGUCCAUCUUCAUUGCCUGUCAAGCUUAGAGAUGAUCUUCAGGGUGUGUUUUUAACAUUAGGAGGACCUGGAAAUGGAUCUGUUUGAGAAUGAGACCAAAAAGAAAAAAUGUAAAAACAUGUUGGAAGAAAAGAAAAUGUUUGUAAACACAGUUUUGUAUCUUGAAUUGUAGGAAUCACACAUUUACGAAGGGGAUCCGUUCGGUUUCCAUACUUCGAUUGUGAAAUUCAAAUCCUUUGUCUC